CAUGUCAAUCAGAGUAGAAUGUACUGUACUCCUUUCCAUUCUCUGGCUCCGGGGGGAGCCAUGUUAGCGAGAUGCAAACCUUGCCACAGUUCUGAGGCUGCCACACAACAGCAUCCCCUGCUUUCCUCUGCCACCGCCAUCUCCUUCGAACAUUAUUUCAAUGAAUGAAAAGGCGCUUUUUUUUCUUUUUCACAAAUCAAGUUGUUUCACUAGUAUGAUGUGCAAAGUCUGUGUUUACGCGGUGAGGCGCGAAGCUGGGGAAGAGGUGCCCUCUUCUGCCGGGCUAACCCUCUAAACCAGCACAGACCACUAACUCCCUCUAUCCAGGAGGCACCCGCCUUGACUCUCCCGCAGCGUGAGAGGAUUUUGAGUGACUUUUGGCCCCUCGCGGCCCCUGUAGCGUCCCUAGUUACCGUACCCCUAGUAACCCCCGCCCCAAGCAGGGAGCCGCUGAGUAGCCUGAGGCCGCGCCGGCUUCUCCGCCCUGGGCCAGCGCGGGCGCUCGGGCCUCGGCGGCGAGGUGAUGGCCGCCUCUCACCGAGCGGCGAAGCUGGCGGCCAGCAGUCUCCAAAUCCCGGUAGAUCCCAUCACCGGAGCGCGGGUCGCCCAGUACGAACGCGAAGACCCCUUAGAAGCUCUGGCGGCGGCGGCGGUCUUGGAGGAGGAAGAGGAAAAGCAGGAGGCGGCGGUGCGGCCGGCGCGGGCGCCGGCUGAUUUUAACACCAACGUUUCUGGAGUGGAUGAUCGAACACAUAUAAGCAGUAAAGACCUCGUGGACUUUUCUGGUAUUUACUACUCUAAUGAAGAAUAUUUCAGGAAACUAGAAGAGCUGAAGGCUGCCCACAUGGAAACUAUGGCAAAGUUAGAGAAAAUGUACCAGAAUAAAUUAAAUUUAAAUGCAGUUCAGCCAGUAAUCAUCAGGGAAGAAGCGCCUAGUGUCUCUUCCAUGUCUGUCUUGGAAAAGAAUUCCUAUCACCCUAUCUCAUUAACAACAUCGCUUUCAGAGCCUGAUUUAAGUCAUGCUUCCUCCUUGAUUAUGACUUCCUCUGAAGAUGAGUUGCCCAACUUAGAAAAGGCGUAUCCCGAGAAAAACAGAAGGAUGACGUAUGCGAAGGAGCUCAUCAACAACAUGUGGAGAAACUUUUCUGUUAAAGAUUAUAUUCAGUGUGAAGAUGCUAACUUCCCGGCAGUUGAAAAAACAAAGAAGAAACCUAAAGAAUGGGUGCCAAAGAUUACAGUACCUGAGCCUUUUCAAAUGAUGAUUAGAGAACAGAAGAAAAAAGAAGAGAACAUGAAAUCUAAAUCAGAUAUUGAAAUGGUACAAAAACUGCUCAAAAAACAAGAAGAAGAUUCAGAGUGUAAGAAAAAAUUCCGAGCCAAUCCAGUUCCAGCAUUUGUCUUUCUCCCCCUUUAUCAUGAUAUAGUCAAGCAAAAUGAAGAACGGAGAAAGACUAUGAAGGAGAAAUAUAAAGAAGCUCUUUUGGCCUCUCAAAAGCCAUUUAAGUUUAUUGCAAGGGAGGAACAAAAGCAAGCAAUCCGAGAAAAGCAGCUGAGAGACUUUUUUAAGUCUAAAAAGAAAACAAAUCGAUUUAAAGCCAGACCUAUACCUCGAUCUACUUAUGGUUUAAUUUCCAAUGACAGGUUAAAAGAAGAAGAGCUCUACAGAAACAAUAGGACACAGCUGAGAGCCCAAGAGCUUUUACUUAAUUCAUCCCCUUUACCUCGUAGACCAGCUCGCAGAAGUUUUGCUGCAAGGAAGUCCAAGUGUCCUGAACAGGCUGAAAAGUUGAAGUGUAAGCACAAGGCUAGGUGCCAGACUGCUGAUUUUGGAGAUGUUCCUGAGAGAUAUCAGAGACACCCCUCAGAACAGAAGUAUCUAAAACCCCUAACAGUCUGUAAACCACCCGAUCUUCAUGCAGCCUCACCUGCAUCCACUAAAAGAGAGAAAAUUUUGGCAGACAUUGACGCAGACGAAGAAAAUUUAAAAGAAAAACGUUGGCCUUAUCUGUCUCCAAGGCACAAGUCACCAGUAAGAAGUGGAAGUGCAAAGCGUGUGCCAUAUGACUGCAACCCUCCAAUGCCCACAGUAUCUUCCAGAGGAAGAGAACAAGCCACAAGGAGAUCACUUGAGGAAAAGAAAAUGUUGGAAGAAGAGAGAAAUCGGAUCCUAACUAAGCAGAAGCAAAGAAUGAAAGAAUUGCAGAAACUCCUGACAACACGGGCUAAGGCUUAUGACUCACAUCAAAGUUUAGCUCAAAUGUCUAAAUCCAGAAUAAAAUCUCUGAGAAAAAGUGAAAAGGAAAGGAUGAGAGAAUACCGACAAGAACUAGAAGAAAGAGAAGAAAAAUUAAAAAACAGGCCACUACUAUUUGAAAGAGUUGCUCAGAAAAAUGCAAGAAUGGCAGCAGAAAAGCAUUAUUCUAACAUCCUAAAAGCACUAGGAAUAUCUGAUGAGUUUGUUUCAAAGAAAGGCCAAUGUGGAAGAACAUUUGAGUCCUUCAGCGAUCAAGAGAUGAAAAGUUUCACUGAAGAUAAAGAAAGCUUUAAUGAAGAAGAAAAAAUAGAAGAAAGAGAGAAUGAGGAAGAAAAUUAUUUUACUGAUACCAACAGCCAGGAUUCUUGCAAAGAAAAAGAUGAAGCUGAUGAAGAGAGUGAAGAAAAAUCUGUCGAAGAAUAAAACAGAAUCAGCAGAGCCUCCUCUCUGUGUCUGUGCUGUUGUUUGCAGCAUCAUGUAUUAGCAGCUGUGUGGGUGUUAGCAGCUGUGCUUGUGUUAAGAAUGUGGAUGGGAACCCAUCUGAUGUGUGCAGGGCUCUUGAGCAAAGUCAUCUGUAGCGGAAAAGGUCAAAUCCUGCCGAUUGGCCAUUUGGUCAGUUAGAAUAAGGCUUUGCCUAUCAUGUUUUAAAAUUGCUACAUAUGGUCUGUUCACAACUUUGAUCUUAUUUGUAUUUUUAAAAAGUGUUUGAGAAUCACAGCUGUCACAAACUGAUUAGUCAUAAAAAUAUACAUUACUUCAUUAUUUUGGUGGGAAAAAAUGGUUUAGCAUUGAGAGCAGAGAGAAAUAUUGGCCUUUAGUGAUUUGUUUGAAAAAAAAUUUUCUCAUUUUUUUAAAGCAUGAAUUAAUAAAUAUUUUUAAAUUAUACUAUUUGCUCAUUCUUUUUCUCUGCAAUACAUCUCACAAAAUGAAUCCUCAAACUUAUUUUACUAGGUAUUUUAAGUUUCUUAUCUGAGCCAUUUUUCAAAAUAAAAUAUAGAAAAAAAUACAUACUUGCAAAUUUACAUUCAUUUCUACACUGAGAGUUUACUGUUAAAUUAUCCAUAGUAUCAUCACUUUUUUUAUCUUUAAUUUUAUUCUAAAUUAUUUUUGAUAUCUAUAUUAUUAGAAAAGCAUUUAUAUUCUUUUUAACCUUGUAUAUUGACAGAUGGAAAGAAUUAUAGCAUCGAGUUAUAAUUUUAAUAAAUAUCAGCCCUGUUUUAUAUAUGAUGAAAUUUGUACAUAAUAACUUGUCCAAGGCAAAUCUCUAAAAUAAUUCAGAUUUGACUCUUUAAUACAAGGCCCAGCUGUACUCAACUUCUUACAUAUUAUUGCAGACACACUUUGUCUUUCUGUGCAUGAUGUUAAUUUGAUUUUAUGAAUAUAUCAUUUUUCCUCUUUAAGCAGAUUUUUGUUUUAAAAAUUCAAACCUGUCAUAAAGAUGUGAUAGAGUGAGACAUUUUCUUUUCUAAAAACAAUCAACCUCCUUUAAAGAGGAUGAACUAAUAAAGGUGUAUAUAAUAACAGUGUUUCCCAACUGACAGUUUAUGUUUUAAAUGAAGAAAUAAGGUGAUUUUUCUCAAUUAAGGGCAAAUAUUUACCUGUAAUUUCUUUCCUACACUUUGUAUUAAACUAUUUGUCACUAACAUUAGAUUGUAAACUUCUUGAAUGUUGGCACCAUUUAACAAUUCAUCUUUGUAAUUCUUUAAUAUUUUGCACAGGAUUGUGCAUAUGGUAGGUACUUAAUAAAGGCUUAGAUGAGUAAGUA